AUGGGCUCGGCGUUGCGUCUGGGCUGGGCGCCGGUUGCUGCGGCUGCGGGAACUUCGUCGCGAGAUCUGGUCGAGACGUCCGUGAUGAGGCGGGCACGAGCUGUUGCGGCAGCCGCGCUGAUGCUGGCCGUCGUCCUCUGUGCGCUCCUCGCGCUCCCCGUCCGCGCGCUCAGCGCGAACCGGCACGGGUUCAUUCGCGUGACGGACGGCAAGUUCGUGAACGAGGACUGCGAGGAGUUCCGGUUCUCGGGCGCCAACCUGUGGGCGCUCACAGAGGCAUCCGCGGGCGUGCACUGGGCGCUGCCGAACGACGCGAGCUUCCUCGGCGACCGCGACUACCUGCGCUUCAUUCUCGACCGCGCCGUGGCGUCGCGCCUCACCGUUCUCAGGAUGUUUGCCCACGGCACGGAGGACGUCUUCCGUCUGCAGUGGAGCCCCGGGAACUACAACGAGCGCGCGUUCACCGCCCUGGACCGCAUCCUGCACGAGUGCCGCCAGCGCGGACUUAAAAUCAUCCUCAGCCUCGCGGACAACUGGAAGUUCUACGAGGGGAAGGCGCAGUACACGGCAUGGGCGAACGCGAACAGCGUCGACGACUUCUGGUCGGACGAGAAGGCGCGCGAGCUGUACCGCAACCACGUCCGGGCAAUGCUGCACCGCAGGAACAAGUUCAACGGCCUGCAGUACCGCCAGGACGACACCAUCUUCGCGUGGGAGCUGAUGAACGAGCCGCGUGCUCCCGCGCCGGGCGGCGCGGAGAAGCUGCAGCGCUGGCUGGACGACAUGGCUGCAUACGUGAGGCAGCUGGACGGGCAGCACAUGGUGACGUACGGCGGGGAGGGCUUCUACCGCGCCGGCACGGGGCGGGACGAGCCGCUGCCGGCGACCUGGGCGCUGAACACGGGGCAGGACUUUUUGCAGAACAUUCGCAACAUGGACUUCGCGGCGAUCCACGUCUGGCCUGACAACUGGAAGAUGCUGUGGCCGGGCUUCGUGCGGCGCUACAUUGCUUGGCACGCGGACGACGCGGCGGCGCUCGGGAAGCCCCUUGUGGUCGAAGAGUACGGCAAGAUGGAGUGGACGAACACGGACGAGGGCCGGCGCGCCGUGCGCGACCCGUACAUCGCCGCGGCGUACGAGCAGAUCGAGGAGUCGAUGGCGAUGGGCAAGGUGCACGGUUCGCUGUUCUGGGAGUGGGAGCCCGCGCAGCACGACGCGCCGGGGCCGUACUCGAUCGCGACCACGCACCGCAGCACGUGGAGCAUCAUCGCCGCCCACGCGGACCGCGUCGACGGCUUCAUGCGGGGCUCCAGGCGUGUGGCGACUUGCACGCCGGCCGCCACGCGCGCCGCCGAGCCGCACGUCAGCGACGAGUGGAUCGCGCAGAACGAAGCCUACCUGCUAUCCAAACGCCUCGACGACUCCACGCGGGACUCCGUGCGCACCAGCGCGGACCCAGGCCAGGCGCUGCUCGCAACCCUCGACGGCACGUGCCUCCUCCUCGACCUCUACCUCGGCAACAAGGACGCGGGGAUCCCCACGGCGGACCCCCUGGCGUUCCGGGCCGUCCCAGGGUCUGCAGGCGGGCAGGGCAGGUGCUGGACGUUCUGCUGCCCCGCGGUGCCGGAGGGCGACAUCGCGACGCCGGAGCAUCCGCCUGAGCUGGCGUAUGGGCAGCUCGACCGGGAUGACGGGCUUGACCCCGCCUGA